UGUAUUUAUAUGUUCAAAAGUUAAUCUUGAGCUGAAUUUUGGCUGAACUUGAGUUGCACAUUAACUGCUUGAUGAUUUGACUCAAUGAGUGAGUUUUUUCACAAAUUAUUAUGUUUUGAUUGAAAUCUAUACUGAUGGUUUAGAUUUCAAAUUAGAGCUAGUUUCUCAUUGUCAAUUUUCCAUCCUGCAUUGUUAAUUUAGAACUAUUUUGUCUUGCUCUCACUAACUGUUUCCGUCUUCGGUUUUAAAAUUCACACUUUUUCAACUGCUAUUUUUGCCAUGUUAGGUGUUUAAUCUUCGAAGAAAAGUUGCUGUUAUUCAAACAAGAUGUCUUCAGAAUCUAGUCCGAAUUCUUUCGAGCAAUUCUAUUAUUGCUAUUCUCCGUGCUAUAUCGAUAAGCCACAUCUGGAAGAGGGAGAUAAAAUUAUUAUGCCACUCUCUGCUCUCGAUAAGCUCGCAAUGUUAGACAUCAAUUACCCGAUGUCAUUCGAAGUCAGCAGAUAUUCAUCACAGCGAGUUUCGCAUUGCGGUGUGCUUGAAUUCGUUGCAGAGGAGGGCAUCAUUUACAUGCCACAAUGGAUGAUGCAAAAUAUGGGAAUACAAGACGCAGAUCUCGUUUGCAUUAAAAUCGCGAACCUUCCAAAAUGUACAUUUAUAAAGUUGCAACCACACACAAAAGAUUUUUUGGAACUCACAAACACAAAGGCUGUCCUCGAAAAAACUUUGAGGAGCUUCACGUGCUUAACUCUUGGUGACACUAUAAAGUUAUUGCAUAACAAUAAGGAGCACUUCUUUGAUAUUAUCGAAUGCAAUCCAGCUUCGGCAGUUUGUAUCAAUGAGACAGAUUGUGAAGUAGAUUUUGUAACUCCACUUGACUACAAAGAACCGGAAAAUCCACAACCUGUUUUUACUUCAAGCAAAGCUCCAAUUCGAGGUCCCAAAGGAAGACAAUGGAGCUGAACAUAAAUUCCAACCCUUUACUGGCAACGGUAGGUUUUUAAAUGACACAACUUCAGAUCACGACUCUUUGAUCGAUUCCUCGUCAGUAACAAGCGAAGAUGUGGAGAAGCAAACAGAAAACAGUUUGAAUUCAGAAAUGGAUAAACUUGAGCUCGAUUCGAAUGAGAUAUUUCCUGAUGAAGAAGAACAAAAGCCGAAGUCUGAUGAAGCAUUCACUGAGAACCAAUACCCACUGAUGGAUGACGACGAUGAAGUGGAUAAAUACUAAUUGAUAAACAUGAUUUUUUUUUUUUCUUUUAGGUUCAAUGUUUGCAAAUAUAGUUUAAGUUAUUAGAUAUCGAAUGUUUUGGUUAUCGAAAACUAAAUUUGAACUUAUACAU